AUGGCGCUUCCUUUCAUCGUCCUCCUUGUCCUCUUCGCAGCAGCUCCGGAGGUUGUCAGGUGUUGCACACCUUCCGAUCUCCAGGCUCUCCUCGCCUUCAAGGCCGGCCUCAAGGACCCGAACUUCGGCGUGUUCUCGACGUGGAAGGGCUCGGAAUGCUGCUCAAAAUGGUACGGCGUCAGCUGCGACAUGUCCGACGGCCGCGUCGCGGGGAUCAACCUCCACGGAGAGGCGGUGGAUCUGGAUUCCUCCAUGCUCCCGCGGAGGGUGAGAUUCAUCACAGGAUCUAUCUCGCCGGCCAUCUGCCGCCUGGACAGGCUCAGCACUUUCAUACUCGCCUACUGGCGCAACAUCAGCGGUCCGAUUCCCCCUUGCAUAACCUCCCUCCCGAUGCUCCGCAUAUUUGACGUCGUCGGCAACCAGCUCUCCGGUCCGAUCCCCGGCGACAUUGGGAGGCUCUCCCGUCUCACUGUCUUCUCCGUUGCCGACAACCAGAUCUCCGACCAGAUCCCGCGAUCCCUUACCAACCUCGCUUCUCUGAUGCACCUCGACCUGAGCAACAACCGCAUCACUGGCGAUAUCCCGGUGACGUUCGGCAAACUUGGAAUGCUGAGUAGGGCGCUGCUUGCGAGGAACCAGCUCACCGGCGCCAUCCCUCCCUCGAUCGGAUACAUGGAACGGCUCGCCGAUCUGGACCUGUCCGUUAACCGAGUCAGCGGGACGAUCCCCAACACGCUCGGGAAGAUGCGAGUGCUAUCGUCGGUGUACCUGGACUGCAACGCCCUAUCCGGAGCGAUCCCGCCGACACUCCUCUCCAGCCACGGCCUGAACAUUCUGAAUCUGAGCCGGAACGCGCUGGAGGGAACCAUCCCGGACGUCUUCAUCGCACAGUCUUACUACACGGCGCUGGACCUGUCAUACAACCGUCUGACAGGCCCUGUCCCCAAGACGCUGAAACUGGCGUCCUACGUCGGCCACCUCGACCUCAGCAACAACAACCUCUGCGGCCAGAUCCCUGCGGGGGAGCCCUUCGACCACCUCCAGUCCUCCUCCUUCGCCAACAACCACUGCCUCUGCGGGGGGCCGCUCCCGAAGUGCCAACCCUGA